AUGACUGUCUUUUCUCGUCUGGUUCCAACCGUUGUGACCUCUUACAUUGUUCAGACUGGCUCGUUGUGUGUUCGUGUUUCCCCAUACGACACUGACAAUGAAAAGUACUACGACUUAGCGGGCAGUCUGGGUUUCAUCACCUCAACAUUUGUGUCUCUAUACUAUCCCUCCCUCAAAGCCAAAUAUAUUCGUGGUACGGCCCUUCCAAGUCUACUUUCGUUGGCGCCACGCCAGCUCCUGGUUACAACGGCACUGGGGAUUUGGAGCCUUCGUCUCGGAACUUUUCUUGCAAUGAGAGCUAUCAAGGCUGGCAGCGACUCACGUUUCGACGAUGUCAAGAGUCAACCGGGCAUUUUCACAUUCUACUGGCUUGCUCAGGCAACUUGGGUGGUUCUUGUUGGUCUCCCGGUCUAUAUGGUCAAUGUGAUUCCACCGACACUCCAUCCCCUCCUCGGAAUGACAGAUGUUCUUGCUGGUACCCUCUUUACUGGAUCGUUUCUGUUCGAGGUCAUUGCAGAUAAGCAAAAGUCAGCUUGGAGAAAGGCAAAAGAUAGCAAAGAGCAUGAAGAGAAGUUUAUCUCCAGCGGUUUGUGGUCGAUCUCGAGACAUCCAAAAUUCAGCUAUGUCGGAGAAGUCGGGAACUGGAUUGCAAUCUGGGCUCUUGCAGCUGGAAGCAUCAGAACGCCCAACUAUCCGCUUGGUACUCUGCUUUUGGCAGGAAUAAGCCCUCUGUUCACUUGGUUUCUCGUUCGCAAGGUCUCCGGUGUACCCCCCCUCGAAGCAGCGGGAGACAAACGCUUUGGUGGCGAUCCGAAAUGGGAGGAAUACAAAAAGUUUGUCCCAGGGACACGUCCGCAUCUUCUUCAAAACGCGCGACUGUGGACUGGGGAAAAGAACGGCACUCAAGUCUUGCUUGCUGAUAUCCUGAUCGACCGGGGGCUCAUAAAGGCUGUCGGGAAGUUGGAGGCACGUCUGCUUAAACAGUACGGCCCCGAGUUGGUGGUCAUUGACGCGGAAGAGGCAUGGAUUACACCUGGAAUCGUCGACUUACAUUCUCAUAUGGGAGAUUUUUCUCUCCCGUCGUUAAAUGGCGCCUCGGACGGGAACUCUCCCAAAGGCCUUAUUCUUCCCUGGUUGCGGAGUAUCGACGGUCUUAACACCCAUGACUUGUCCUACGAGACAUCUAUUGCAGGGGGGAUCACUACGGCGUUGGUCUUGCCGGGCUCUGGUGAUUCGAUUGGCGGACAGGCAUUCGUCAUCAAGCCCCGCAAGACUGAUGAACGGUCGACAACGGCCAUGGUCCUCGAGCCACCAUAUAAUAUCAACUCGUCAUUCCCUGUCGUGGAUGGGCCGCCUCGUUGGCGCCAUAUGAAACAUGCUUGCGGCGAAAAUCCCAGUGGCUGGUAUGGUGUUACCCGCAUGGACACCAUAUGGGCAUUCCGAGAAGCGUACAAUACAGCCAAACAAAUUCAAAAGAAACAGGACGCAUACUGUUCGCGUGUCAUGUCCAAUGACUGGGAGGGCUUGGGAGAGUAUCCGGAGAGCCUCCAGUGGGAGUCGCUGGUAGAUGUCCUUCGAGGCAAGGUUAAGGUCAAUGUUCACUGCUAUAUGGCUGAAGAUUUCGAUGGGCUUGUUCGGCUUUCAAACGAAUUCGAAUUUCCUAUCGCUGCCUUCCAUCAUGCCUCGGAGGCGUAUCUCGUUCCAGACCUCAUCAAGAAAACCUACGGUCCAACACCCGCAAUCGCCCUGUUCGCUACCAACUCUCGAUACAAGCUCGAAGCCUAUCGUGCAUCCGAAUUUGCACCUCGCAUCUUGGCAACGCACGGCAUUGACGUAGUAAUGAAGAGCGACCAUCCCGUUCUCAAUUCACGAUACCUUGUGUAUGAAGCUCAGCAAGCGCACUUUUAUGGGUUCCCCGCCAACUUAGCCAUGGCUUCAGUGACCACCACUCCUGCGCGAGCAAUGGGAAUGGACCAUCGCAUUGGAUUCAUUAGAGAAGGCUGGGAUGCAGAUCUCGUUAUUUGGGAUUCUCACCCUCUUAACCUUGGAGCAACGCCGAAACAGGUCUUCAUUGACGGAAUUCCGCAGCUCAAAAAUCCUCAUAUCGCACGCAAACCUCUGGCAUUCCAGAACCCGCCCAUCGUACCUGAUUUCGACGACGAUGCGAAAGAGGCCGUUGAAUACGAAGGCCUUCCGCCUCUGGAUCCAAAACCCAUUCGUGGCCGACCAGUCGUUUUCGUGAAUGUGCGCUCUGUUUUGGCAACCGACCUAUCCAACGAUGUCGAAGAAUUGUUCUCCGCCUCGAGCGAUGAUGUUCUUGGAACUGCUGUUGCUGUUGAUGGUCGACUGGUCUGUGUUGGCGAAUGCCGACUCGAUUCCAUUGUUGACGCCGAGGUCGUUAAUCUCCAGGGUGGAGCCAUCUGGCCUGCACUGACAACCUUUGGCGCGCCAUUGGGACUGGAGCAUAUUCAAGCGGAGCCAUCCACUGUUGAUGGCUCUCUAUUCGAUGUGUUGUCAAACGACGGUGUUCCAGCUAUCGUCGGUGGGAAUGGGGCAGCUAUUCGUGCAGUGGACGGACUGCAAUUCCUGACGCGAGACGCUUUGCUUGCGUAUCGCUCGGGAGUGACCACUGGCAUUGUCGCUCCGCUGCGUUCCAGUGUUGUCAAUGGUCUUGGUGUUUCUUUUUCUCUCGCAGCAUCCAACAAACUUGAACCUGGUGCCGUCUUACAUGAAGUUACUGCCCUCCACACAACCGUUUCACACCUUGUGUCUGGUUCUAUUAGCACCCAGAUCGCUGUCCUGCGGCGUUUGCUUCUGCAUCCUGUUCAUGGGCCUCUCAAAGGAUAUGUCCAACGGGUUCUUGAUGGCGAUAUUCCUCUGGUAAUCGAAGCAUAUGGAGCCGACAUUAUUGCAACACUCGUGCUCUUGAAGCGUGAAGUCGAACAAGUGACUGCAAAAACCAUCAAGAUGACCAUCACCGGCGCAACUGAAGCUCAUCUUCUCGCAAAAGAGCUAGGGGAAGCAGGGAUCGGUGUUGUGCUUGUUCCAGCCCGCGCAACUCCCACUUUCUGGGAAAAUCGUCGGAUUCUGCCCGGCCCACCGCUUACUGAGCAUACCGACCUAUCGAGGUUAAUUGCACACAACGUAACCGUCGGUCUCGGCGUUCUCGAAAUUUGGGAUGCGCGUAAUACGCGAUUCGAGGCUGCCUGGGCCCAGUACUCCGCUGGCGGGAAGAUUUCGAAGAGUGAAGCAUUUGCUAUUGUUUCUACCAACCUGGAGCGAUUAUUGUCACGCCCGCUGGCGGGACAUGACCUUGCCGUGUUGUCGUCCCGUCGCAAGCUUGUAGAUGUCUUGUAA